CACACCACCAUCAGUAUAAAUAAACGGACGCAACCGAAGAGAGUUUAGUAUCUCCGAGUAUCUACGAGCAUCUUUCUGUAUCAACGAGCGAUCUAAGUGUUAUCUACCGAGUUAUUCGACGAGCAUUUAUCGAGUAUUCAACCGCGAUUUUACUUUGCGAUUUAUACUCUGUACUAACGACUCAGCGAUUAUAGGCUGUACAUUAAUUUAUUGUUUUUAAAUAUAUUCGACGGUUAUGACAACAAACGAUAACGAUAAACCAACCAAUUAAUCUCAUGAUCAAACAUCUUUCAUACCUGUCCUCUAGAGAUUCUAAAAAAAAUAUUGCGAAAUGGCUCGUUGUUAUUUAUUAUCGGACUAAAAUUUAACACUAUGUAUACUAGCAAUCGGUAUGCGUGUUUACAUGGAUGUUUACGUAUGAAAUCGAUAUUCCUAGAAAAUUGAAAGAAUAAUCUCUGUUUGUAAUACGUAUAUGUAGAUAUAUAGAUGCACGCGUGAUAAAUUCAUCGAACAAACAUUUUCCUCCAUUCUUUGCCCCCCCCCCCCUUCUCGUUCCGUUUGAAACUCACACAGUUUGCUAGUUGGCUGUUCUGUCAGAAUACGCUCAUGGUGAAAGAAGAUAACACGAGAAUGUACUCAGCCAUAUAUGAUUACUAGUAACUCUCUUCGAUCGAUCGAAACUUGCUCUAAGAUUUUACCGGUAUACUCUUGAAAGCACUCGAUAUCUGGCCCCAUUCGAGCGAAUCGUUAAACUGACUGCCUCCUGACCUUAAUUAAUCCCAAGAUCCUCGAAUCCGCCGCGUAAUUUUCCGACUAUGCGACUGUGUUCUGGUAUUGUCGGUAACUUAUUUCGUGAAAAAACUGAAAUACAUUCGUCAUCUUUCGUGAGUAUGUAACAACGUCGAGAUAUAUUAGGUUGGCAUCUAAGUGAUUGCAGAUUUUGUCAAUGCCACCUAUUGACAAAAUUCGCAAUCACUUAGUUGCCAACCCAAUAGAUCUGGCUGAUAAUAAAAUCCAUUAUUAUGUUAGUGUGUAAUGUUAUUUGUUGCGUACGACAACUUCGUACCGCUUUUUCUUCCAUUAUUAAAAUUAAAUUCCCUUUAUCGUUACUAACUAUAGCGCUGCCAUCAACUUGCAAACCUAAUUCUCGUAUAAUUUCCGUUUCUGGAAUUUGAUAGAGCAACGAAUUAAGCGAAAGUGAUUUGUAAAAACUGUCGUUUUCUUUGCUAUACGAUACGUCUAAAGCCGUUACGAGCAACUCGGUUUAGCGAACAAUGCAAAUAACCAAAAAAAAAAAAAAAAAAAGAUACAAUCCGACUAGUAAGAUAGGAAAUGCAGGUGCCAUUGAUUCGAUAACCUACUUGCUACCAACCAGCCUACAUGACAAUGACCCUUUAGACUUUGACCUUACCUUCGCACAUGGCCCAACACCAAAUAUUCCCCAUUACGUAGGGCACUCUGGAUCCUCUCCUUGCCCCUCAACUCCUACAAACUCAACAUAUAAAAACUGCGAGCAUUCGACCGCGAGACUAGUCUUGGGUACAGUCUUAGCCGUGAUUUGAACAACUAUUUUAAUAUUUUGUAACUUCGCUACUUCAUUGUAAUAUCGAACUUAAUCAUUUUGGUGAAUAAAAGCAUAUAAAAAUAUUAAAGGACAAUCUAAGCUCAGCUAUUGCUCAGCUCUCCCGUUUUUAUCCCGAAUUUUACGUGACAUUUUGGCGAUCCAUGAUUGGCCAGGAUCGUGAAAAGUGCUCGUUGGGAAAACAAGAUAUCCUACCUACGUGGAAAAGGAAACUCUCUUGGGCUACGGGUCAUCCUCAACAACAAACUCACAAUCCACGAAUCCGAAGCCUAUAACGUGAUAACGGACAUUCUAUGGAAGUUCCAUUUCUACGGAUAUCAAGCCUAUUCUCGGACUUAAGAAGCCUGGCGGGUACGAUCCUUAUGAAUCUCUUGGCAGCUCUUUUUAUGGUUCAACUGCUCUUCAUAGUUGGAGUAGGUGGCGUUCAGGAUUGGGAGCUAUGCAUUUCUCUGGAGUUGAGCUUGCAGUAUCUUCGGAUGACGGUGGUUUGUUGGCUGGCUGCGAUGUGUCAUCAUCUUUACGCAACCGUUGCUUCGAUCCCGCGACGCGACGAUCCACCAUCUUAUCUGAAAUACAGUCUGUUCGCCUGGGGUACACCAUUGCUCGAUCUGGCCAUCGCCACUUUCCUACAGAUACGUGAGGCGACUGUUAUUUGGAACAUAGCGGAUCUUACACCUUUCAAUUGCUGGUUUCUAGGAACGAAGGCAACGAUUUAUGCGUACGGCUUGCCAGUGGCCCUUCUGCUUCUUUCCGCCGGCUACUAUCUAAUCAAAGCUGCGAUUGUAUCCAGAUACACGUGCAGCAUGCAACUGGAAAUUAAGCAACGCGAGAAGAUGAAGAGAAGGAGAGCAUUGCAAAUUAUCCUGUUUUUAAAAGUGUGUAUAAUAGUGGGUCUCAUAGCUGGGUGUGGAGUCGCGUCCAGGGUGUGGAAAGUCCCUUUCCUCUGGGCUGUAUUCUGUACUGGACAUUCUUUGCAGGGACUAGUUGUAGCGCUAUCCGUCGCGUGCAACUGCAGAGUUUUGAAAAUCUACACCAGGAAAUCGUACAAGCAACCAAAACAACAGAUCGCGCAUUCUAGUAGCAGCAGCAUGCAACUGCUCGCACCUGCGCCAGAUCCGGUCUAGAUCCACGAAUUUUCGGCUACUUUUGCGGACGAAGCCACCAACGAAGAUGAAAAUAAAGGGCCAUCGAAACAAAGGAUUUCCAUUACAUUUUCCAUCCAAACGUAUCUCUCGCUCUCUCCGAAAUGAUUCUCUAGUGAUAGAGAGAUAUUCUUCUUCUUCUAUUACAUUUACGAAACUGAGACGUAUUUCGAACAAAAUCGAUUUUCAUUUGCUGCUCGAGAACGGUUGAAAACACUGCAAAGAUAUCAAACGUUUAAAGCUAAAUAUCACUGUGAACUUUGACGAUUUUCUGCUGUGCUGUUUUCUUGGGUCAAAGAUUUAUUCGAUUAUAGGAGAAAAAAAGCACGGACAAGGAGAGAGUUCAGGAAAAACGACCUCGGACGUGAAGAAAAAGAAACGGCGAGAGAACAGUCGUAAUUUACUUUAAAUUACGUUUUCCGCUUUCCGGUGGCCGCGUUCAAAGCCUGCGAGCUGAACGCACUUGAGUAUAGAGGCUUUUCGUGGCAGGAAGCGGUAGCGAAUAUCGCGCGCCGUUCCAAACCAGCGGAACUGGAAAGAUCAAAUUUCACGAGUCUAUCGCGUCAGUGGCCAUAAAGACGACCACCGGACGCAAAGAGAUUAUGUGAAGAUAGUCGCGCGUCAAUGUAUCGCGUCGUUGUUGAUUUCACAAGCCUUGCAUUCCGUGCACGUCGAAUGCCACGCUGUAAACGGCGUCGCUCCGCACUACUCCGCACAAUUCUACCAUUUUACCAUUCGAUCGAAUUGGAAGUAGACGUACGAGUAACUUUUAACAUAUCUCUCGUCGCAUACACGAAUGCCUCUUUUUUUGCCUUAUUUUUCGAGCCAUUUUACGAAACUACUUUAUUUUCUCGAUCUUCGUAAGAAAGAGUAAAUCGCAUAGAACCAGCAACGAACGCCAACUAGCGCCAACGAACAGAGAGUAAAUCAUGCGGCAUUCCGGACGAUGCAUUUCGGUAAUAUGAGUAUUUGCUCGUUACGGAGAAAAUCGGAACGAAAGAGGAACAAAAGAUGAAAAAAGAUCGAUCCAAUAUGAAAGGAACGGAGGCGCGGUGCAUUCGGAAGCGCGUUCGGGAACGCGUUCCCGGCGGUUUUGCGGCUAUCAUUUCCCUGCGAUGUAAUUAACACUUGGUAAUCACCUAUGCGAUCGCAUUAGUACACCUAACCACCAGCACUCUGUAAAUGUAAACGCAUGUAGUUAUGAGGAAAUAAAUAUUUUGAAAUCCAAUAGAAACUGUGGAAUACCGAGGCACAUCGAUUUGUGAACUAUUUCCCUACUUAAUCGACCGCUUCGUCUGCUAGUCGUGGCUAGUCGAGAAACAAGAUCCGUUUGUUAAACUAAUUACCGAUUUCGUUGCGACCACGCCACGGCCCCCUUCGUCCAGUUUCCUCCCUAUUCCAUCUCGAAAUCAAUGCUGUCACCGCUCUAAUUGCAGGGUCAAUUAAUUUACGUGAGCUCGCCGCAAUCCGUUAUCGUUAUCUCGAUAAUUGCGUGAAUUACACAGAACAGGAAAUUCUCGGAGAUGGUAAGCAUCUAAUACGUAACUGUUUGUAAACUGUAAACACUAAAAAGCCAAGUUCUAUCUACAACGAACGCAUCCGAUCUGUACCGAUCUGUACCGAUCUGUACCGAUCAGUGAAUAAACACGAACACUGUCACCAGUGAAAUAGUAAUACCAAAGAUUCUAAUUACACAUAUACAUACUUGGUACGCUUGUAUCUUGUGCUUCUGCCAACCAACGAACAACGACUCAACUUUCGCUCAAAUAUUAACAACUUUAUGUGAAAAGUCCGCAGAGGAUGGCAUCAUUCUUCUCAUUCGCGUUGGCGUUAUCGAUUAAAUCAAACGUUGUAACUUUCAUUAACUACGCGCUCUUAUCGUUAACGAAAGUCGUGUUAUUGGGUCCAAAUUUGUGUCACUUCCUUUGCUCUUAAUUUUCUCAAUUUCACACAAAAUAUUCAACGAGAAAAUGUCAAACUCGCGAAAGAACUCCGUCGCGUUGAUCGCCAUGUCGAUAACCACUCGCGUUUGACUCAACUAUGCGAUUUCAUAGGAUUCGUGCGUUCAGAAGUUUAAACCAAAAGCGUAAAAUAUUUUAAAAGCCUCUCUAAGGACAUAUCUUUAUGAUUAGAAAAGGAAACUAUAUAACCGAUGUAAACGUGCCACGACCGACCGAUGAAAACAACGUGUCAUGUCUCGCUGUCUCGCCUAGCUAUCUGACAUUUAAUUAUCGAGAAGCAGCGCGAUGGCCGAUGCAGCGAGCCGCACCCCUUUUCGCUCGUUCGCUCGUAAACAGUUUCUUUUUAUCUUGUCGUCAACGCGACACGAUGCGACUCGUGUCAAACGCUCCUAUUCGAUUCAUUGUACAAACGUUGCCAUUCCGUACACCUGUUCCAAGAUACGUACAAGUACAUAUCUGCUAUAGAAUAAUUUUUUGACUACUUCAAAGUAUUUGAAUGUCGGAACGAUUUUGCAACUAUCUUUCUAGUUUAUCGACACGUCUUUCUAUCGGUUUUUUUUUUUGUAUUUCGAAUAACGAUGGCAAAUGUAGUAAAAGGACGAAAUGAAAAACACAUUUCUUGCAAAAAGUUGAAACAGAAUUCAUACAGAUAAGAAGCAAAGAUGACUCAUAGUAGAGAAAAUAUAGAAGAAAUGAAAAGACAUUAAAAUAUCGGUCAACGAUUGUUCGUAAUAGCGAGCGGGAGGCUUCGUUUCCACUGAAACAACUUCGAACAACUUUUUAUUAAUAUUCCAUGUUUCUUGAAAAAGUUGUCGCAUAAUGCUUCAGUAUGGAUAGAAUGUUUCUAUAAGUUGCUGUUUUUUGGAAAUGUAUUGGAAUGUAGCGACGAGAGACAGCAGAAAGUUGAUCGUUGUUGCUUCAGUGAAAACGAGGCCUAACAAUCAUGCGCUCGUCCAUCGAAGUCAAGGCCAACCUAAGUAGAUAUCUGUUAUAUAUAUAGUUAGGUCUAUGGAUCAUCGAAAAACGCGCAGAUCAACAAUGUUGCACGAACUAAAGGUUAAUUGAUUUUGAUGCAAAGACAACGUAAACGUCGAACAAGAAAGAAGUGGAUUUUCAUUAGAAAGACGGCGAGCGCAUUAAUCUGAAACACCUAUACAUGUAUACAUACGGUCAUGAACGAAAACAUCGAAACACUGUUUAAAAUAAAAUAACUUUCUAAAAAUUAGGCCAAACCAUUUGAAUCUUUUUUAGAAGUAAAAGGGCUAGUUUACUAGAUGAUGCAUAAAAAAAUUUUGAAAAAAAUAGUAAAGGUCACUUUUUGCAACUUGUUUAUCUGAGUCUGUAAUGAAAAUUUAAAAAGUAUACUUUAUAGAUUUAUGUUAAUUAUAUAUGUGCUAAAAAUGUCAUCGAAAUCGGUUAACGUUGCUAUAACCUGCAAACGGUUAAAACUGACGAAAAUUCCAGUUUUCUGCGACUUUAGGCCUAUAUCUGAAAUCAAUCUACAUUGUUGUUCAUUUUUUGAUGCCUAUUGCUUAUUUCUAUAUUAACCGAUUUCGAUGAAAUUUUCAACAUGUGUAUGUAUAGAUGGCGUAACCUUUCAUAAUAUGUCACUUAAAUUUUCAUUACAGGCCCAAAUAAGAAUGUUAGUAAAAAGUGAUCUCUAUUAUUUUCUUCGCAUUUCCAAUUAACUGCAAUUUAGAAAAAAAAAUUUACGCAUCUUCUAAUAAACUAAUCCUUUUAACUUCUUAAAAAGAUUCAAGUCGUUUAAGUCUAAUCUUUAAAAAGUAAUUCUGUUUAAAGGCUGUGCCAAUACUGUAUGUAUGUAUGUACCAAAAAAAUGGAGUACGAACAAUGAAUAAUCCGGUUAAACACGAAAUUCGUAUUACACUUGGGAAUAAGCACAACGAAUAAAGAGAUAACAAAACAACAAAAGAUUUCCUUCGUUUCGUCGAAUCGUAGAUUACUUGCCAUGAACACCCGAUACCCAUUCUCUUCUUGUAGAACUUUUUAAAUGAUUUUGCAACUUAAUUAAAAAAAUAACAAUGGUUAAAAAAUUGUUGUUCGUGUAAAUUUCUCUAUAGUAACUGAUGAUAACAAUCAUGUUUUUGUAGUUCUUGUUUGGAUAUAAAUAGAAUUUCUACUAUUAAACGAAAACAAGCAUGAUAACUCUUUCCUCUUUCUUUUUUUGCUUCGUUUCCUUUUAAGAUAUAUUCAAUUUUUCUUUUCCGUUAUUACAAUCUGUUUUAGAGUUUAUUCUUUUUAAACAAAUUCUGUGAAUAAUCCGAAUUAUUGGUUCUGCACGCAUUUUUCUUUCUUUCGCUUUUAAAUUUGCGGUAUUUGUAAAGCGCUGCGAUCUCGCCAUCUGGUGACUAAACGCAAUCGAUUAAAUAGUGAAAUCGACAUUGUUGACUGUUGAUAAUUACGGUAGCAAGAACUAUAUUCAACAUCGAACGAUACGAUAACCUACUUCCAUAUCAGAUCUGAAUUGAAGACUGGUGUUUAAAGACUCCGGCCUCAGCUCUGAUUUGAAAACAACUUGUCUAUGUGGAGAUGGCACAGGUGUUGAUGAGGUUAGGCCUCGUGCUGAACUACGUGUGCGCCUCCUCCCUUCAACUUCUCCAACAGAUGCAUUCAAAUCCUGCAAUAGGAGAUCACUCACUAUUAAUCAUAACUCUGAAUGCAGCAUAGUCCAAAUAGUAUCUUACAACAAAUCUGUUUCUUACAACAAUAAUGAAAAUUUUAAAAUACAACUAAAAUGCACAGCGUACUCUACUACCUGCACAAUUAAACAAUAACAUGAUUUCUUUUUGUAAUUUAGUCUAUACCUAUUAAUUUUUACUCUAGCGAAAUAAUAUAAAAAUUCAUGUUAUUUGUA